AUCUGAUUUCUUUCACAACAAACACACACACACACACAGAGUAUUGUGUGUAUAUAUAUAUGUAUACAAAGAAGAGAUGAUUAUUCAGUUUUCGGAGAACCCUAACUUCUGCAAAUUUUUUGGAGUUUGCAGAUUUCUGACAGAGGUUGCAAGAUGUUGCAUUCAGGCGAAGACGGUGAAGACAAAAGCGAUAUGGUACAACUGCCGGAAGGAGUAACGCCAUUUACUCAUAUUACUCAAAAUGAGUUUUUAGGACGAAAACAUAAGAAACUGAAAGAAGAGGAUAUCGCUAUUUGCGAAUGCAAUUAUGAUGCCGCUGAUCCUGAAAGUGCGUGUGGAGAAAGAUGCUUGAAUUUACUGACCAGUACUGAAUGUACACCGGGAUACUGUCAGUGUGGUGAAAAUUGCAGGAAUCAGAGAUUCCAGAAAUGUGAAUAUGCAAAAACUAAGUUGUUCAGGACUGAAGGGCGUGGUUGGGGUCUUUUAGCUGAUGAGGACAUAAAGGCUGGACAGUUCAUCAUUGAAUACUGUGGAGAAGUGAUAUCAUCUGUUGCGGCAAAGAAAAGGUCCCAGGCUUAUGAAGCUCAGGAGCUCAAGGACGCGUACAUAAUUUCUCUGGAUGCUAAUUAUUUCAUUGAUGCCACCCGGAAGGGAAGUUUUGCAAGAUUCAUAAAUCAUUCAUGCCAACCAAAUUGUGAAACAAGGAAAUGGACAGUGUUAGGGGAAACAAGGGUAGGAAUAUUUGCAAAGCAAGAUAUAUCUGUUGGAAUGGAGCUGGCGUAUAACUAUAAUUUUGAGUGGUAUGGGGGUGCAACUGUUCGUUGCCUGUGUGGAGCUGCAAACUGUUCUAUAUUUCUGGGUGCCAAGUCUCAAGGAUUCCAGGAGUACAACCAUGUCUGGGAAGAAGGGGAUGACAGAUAUACGGUGGAGGAAGUUCCAAUUUAUGACUCUGCAGAGGAUGAAUUUUUUCAAGUGAUAUCUGGAACUAGUGGAGGAAAUGAGCACAGUAAGAUAUUGAAUGACAGUGAGGUCGGCCUUAGUGAUCCGACGGUGCUGAGUGGAAAGGCCGUCCCUCAACGUAUUGGAUCUGGUUCAACACCGAAGAAGUCUCAGCACAUUCCCAAGCGGAAGGGCAAAUCUUCCAGCCGUAAGCAAGUGAAUGAUGGAGAUUUUGCUAAAAUGUUUGCAUCAAAGGAAGCACGAGAAGAAGUUACCAGAUACGAGGCGAUAACAAAGGAAACCACUUCGAGGCUCAAUUCCUUAUACGAAGAAAUUCGCCCUACCAUUGAAGAGCAUGGGCGGGACAACCAGGAUGAUGUGCCCACCAGUGUAGCUGAGAAGUGGAUCGGAGCAAAUUGCUCUAAAUACAAAGCAGAGUUUGAUCUCUACUUUUCUGUGAUCAAGAAUGUGAUGUGCCCUCGUCCAGCAACCGACGCCACUGCACCAGGGCCUUCUGAAGGAGCCGGACCUCAAACAGCCAUGCUGAAGUCAAGUCUUCUGAAGGAGGAGCCGGACCUCAAAACCGUCAAUGCUGAAGCCGAGCCUUCUGAAGGAGGAGCUUAAUGAAGUAUUUGGCAAAUCAAUGACCUUAUAUCUGGUAUUGGAUACCGUUUAACCUUCAAAAAAUUUCGGACAAAUUUCUAUUUAAGUCGGUCAUGGAAACUUGGGGUUUUCCCAAACUAGACUUUUGUUGCUUCUCUUGCUGUAUUUGCUCAGAGUUUGAACACUGAACCAUAAAGAUUCAGGCUAUAACUGAAUCCUAAUAUGAUGGUUGGAUGUGUUAGAUUAUACUUUUGAUUGA